UCAAGUUAGGAACACCAUAUCUUAGAAUCCAAAGUCAUUAUUUUUAUACGUUUUCUAGACACAUAGUGUUACUAGUUUUAAAUGUAGCAAUAGAAAUCGAAAUAAAUAAUGAAGUUGCUAUGGUGGAAGUCGUUUGUUUGGCCCAUGCCCAACAUCCUGCCUAAUUCUUUGUCCUGGGCAGAUGAUAUGACCACCUUAAGUAUGCUUAACGAAAGUCGGGAAAUGGUGGACGGGUCCAUUGGAUGCUGCUCCAUAGACUGGCUUAUGCAGCUCCAACAACCCUCGUGUCCGCUGGUAAGGCUAUUGAUACUCGGAUUGUUAGCGUUGCCAAUUUAUAAUGCAAUAUUGAUUGUGGUGGGAUGGCGUCUACACUGCAGUGUUUCUAGCAGUGCCGAGCGUUUGGUGGUGGACAGCCAAGGGAACAGACCUGUCAAGCGCCAAGCUCCUCCACCUCCACUAGCUCCCAAGCCACCGCCGCGUCUUCGUCGACAUAAAGUCACGGAGACUUCAUCUUCGAGUCUGAUAUUAUGGUAUCAAAAGCCCCAUCUCAGCCAAGAGAAUCUCUUUGAUGAGGACGACAAGUACAAAUACCUUAGGGAGAAUUUGGAAAUGGUGCUAGGUGGCUUGCAGAAUGAUCCUUUGCCUCUUCCGCCACCAAAGCCCAUCUUUGUCCCACCUCUUGUUGAGCCCUCAACGCCGUCGGAAUCACUGACUCCAACUGAAUCCCCCAGAAGAGAGAACCAAAAACAGCGCUCCAAACUUUUAUCAGGGAUCCUCAAGCAUCUGGGCAUAAACUCUAUUCGAAAGAGAUGGAAAACACACGCCAGUCGGAAGAAAAUCAUGACUUCUGCAAGCAGCACUUCCUUAUCUAAUUCCUCGUGCAUUGGUAACAGCUCCUUCUAUGUCUAUUAAACCAAAAUCUGCUCAACGUCAAGAGCUCAUCUAUCAAGAAAUCGGCGCUCUAUUCAGUGUGAAACUGUGCGAUUAUAUUUUGUUACGAUUAAAAGCGUGCUGAGGUCAACCUUGUUGGUCCGGCCCAUUGAGGCCUUG